AUGGCGGCUUCUCGCCUCUUUUCGCUUCUAUAUAUACGGUUUCUUUUUGUUUUCACCCUCGUUUCCCCGUCUUCCUCUCAGUUUCUCCCUAGCUUUAAUGCUAAGGCGCGUAAUCUCACAGUCGUCCAUUCACCCGCAAAUGAGGAUGUCACUGUCUCUUAUAAAACCCCCGACGACGUUUGCUCAACGGCAUUUGAUUCCCAGAAGCAGUACACAGGCUGGGUAUCAGUCCCUGGUGACUAUCCAACCAAUUUGUUCUUCUGGUUCGUCGAGGCUCGUGAGCCCACCGACAGCCUUACCAUAUGGCUCAACGGAGGACCAGGAUCCAGCUCGCUAUAUGGAUUCUUCACAGGCAAUGGCCCCUGUGAGAUUGUUGAGAAGGGAUUGAACGAGUAUGAGACUCUUGUGCGUGAAUGGGGUUGGGAUCGAGCCUCCAAUAUGUUGUUCAUUGACCAGCCCAACCAAGUCGGCUUCUCAUAUGACACACCAACUAAUGGCACAUUGAACUUUGCCAAUAACAGUGUUGUAGCACCCCCUGAGGUCAACACCGACUACCCUGAAUGGGCAUUUCGCAACGGGACAUUCAGCUCCAACAAUAAGGAUUUUACUGCCAACACUACUGAAACAGCAGCCAUGGCUGUUUGGCACAUGGUUCAAGGCUUCUUAACCACCUUUCCCCAGUAUCAACCAUCCACCCUCUCUGACAACAGCUCACUCGGGAUCAAUCUCUUUGCCGAAAGUUAUGGUGGCCGCUAUGGUCCUGUCUUCGCAGAAACCUUUGUGAAACAAAACGCCCGUCGCGAGAGCGGCGAGCUGCCACACAAUUCAACCAUUGACGUCCACUUGAGCUCCUUGGGUAUCGUCAAUGGAUGUGUUGAUAUGGAAACGCAAGUGCCCUACUAUCCAAUCUUUGCUAGCGACAACACGUAUGGCUAUGAAGCUUUGUCCGCUAGAGAUGUAAAGUUCUACCAGGAUAAGUUUUCCGCAGAGGGUGGCUGCCAUGAAUUGCUCCAGAAAUGUGCAACUGAGGCGUCUGUGGGCGAUCCCGAAGGCCUUGGAACCGAAGAUUCCAUAAAUGAUGCUUGUUCCGAGGCUCUGAAUAACUGCUACGAUAUCCAGGAUGCCUACACAAGUUCGGGCCGUGGCGUGUACGACCUGGCGGCAUCUUCGUUCGACCCCUUUCCACCCAUGACCUUCUUGGAAUACCUUAACCAAGAAAGCGUACAGGAUGCAAUUGGUACCCCUAUCAACUACACCCUAAACAAUAACGAAGUUAGUCUCGAAUUUCAAAAUACAGGUGAUCAAGCACGAGGCGGUAACAUACAACGCCUGGCCGCUCUCCUCAACCAAGGCGUUCGGAUCGCCCUCGUUUAUGGAGAUCGAGACUACAUAUGCAACUGGAUGGGAGGAGAGGCUUUGUCUCAAAGCCUUGCUCAGGAAGCAGGUAGUGAGUACAGUAUGCGGUUCCCCGAGGCAGGAUAUGCGCCCAUCAUCGUCAACGAUUCAUAUAUUGGCGGUGUCGUGCGUCAAUUCGGCAACCUUUCCUUCAGCCGUAUCUAUCAAGCCGGUCAUGCUGUGGCUUCAUACCAGCCUGAAACUGCCUUCCAGGUCUUUGCUCGCAUUAUAUUGGGUACUUCUAUCUCUACUGGCAUGGACAUCGAUUCCACCACGUACAACACUACAGGUGCCGCCAAUGCUACACAUACAGACAAGUUACCCGAUCAACCACAACCUACUUGCUACAUACGCAACCUCCGAGCAACCUGCGACGACAAUGCCGCGAAGCUGGCUGCUGAUGGCAAGGGGGUCGUCAUCAAUGGUGUGCUGUAUGCUUCUGAGGAUGACUGGCCGCUGCAGGCCGAGGCGACCGAGGAGCCGACAACAUCUACAACAGAACCCAGCGCAACGUCAUAUUUGACUGGCGUUUAUACAGCCACUGAAACACCUGAUGCCGCGGCGUGGAACCCGCCAAAUGCGGGCUUGGUGGUCGCCAUUGCCGGCAUGGUGGCCCUGCAAGUUGUUGUGUGA